AGACACGUCAUUUACACAUCAGAGCCCCAAACGGCAACGGUCCAACCCCAUCCCCAUCCCCGCCUCGGGCGCGCGCGAAGCUCCGCCGCCGCCGCCGCCGCCGCCGCAAGGGAUGUCGCUGUGCUGCUGCAGCGCCGGGAGCCGCCGCCUCCUCCUCCCGCGCGUCUUCCUCGGCCAGCGCCGCCAGGCCCGGCGCCCCCUCCUCCACCUUCGCACCACAGCGACCGCCGCCGCCUCGUCCUCCGCUACAUCUCUCUCGACGCAGCAGCAGCGCCAGGUUUCCCUCUACGUGGACGCCCUCCUCGACUGGAACCAGAGGAUGAACCUGACCGCCGUCACCGACGAGUCCGAGGUCAUGACGCGCCACGUGGUUGACUCGCUCGCCGUGCUUCCUCCACUCGAGCGCGCAUACACCUCCCGCGGCGGCGACAUUUCUGGCAUCCGCCUCGUCGAUGUUGGCUCCGGCGCCGGGCUUCCUGGUCUUAUCCUUGCUGUUGCGCGGCCAAGCUGGAAGUUUACGCUGUUGGAGUCGAUGCGGAAGCGGUGCACGUUCUUGGAGCACGCAGUUGAGGUGAUGGAGUUGUCAAAUGUGGAUGUGGUGUGUGACCGAGCUGAGAAUGCUGGCCAAAGUCAUGAUUUCAGAGAGUCAUUUGAUGUAGCAGCUGCAAGAGCUGUCGCAGAACUUAAAAUUUUAGCUGAGUACUGCCUCCCGUUGGUUCGUGUUGGUGGUUUAUUUAUAGCUGCUAAAGGGCACGAUCCUCAUGAAGAAAUAAGAAGUGCAAAAGCCGCAGUCGGUAAAUUGGGUGCCUCCAUGCUAGAUUUGUGCAAUGUUGAAUCGAUGGGACCUCAUGGUCAACGAACGGCGGUUGUGUACCUCAAGGAACGCACUACUCCAAAGAAAUACCCUCGGCAACCAGGUACCCCUUCUAAGACACCAUUAUGAGAAGCAUGCUGACUUUAUGGUAGACAAACAAUGAUCAAAAGAUGAUCCGUGGAUGUUCUCCCUCCAAAUGGACAUCCCCUGGAAGACGACGAUUGUUCUGGAAGCAUGAAAGGAUUAAUCUACUACCCUGACAGCAGGUAUUUGUUGUCUGCAAGGAAGCUGGUGCUUCACUCCAUGUAUCUGUAACAAAAGGUCGCAGAUGUUCCAUUAGAGAAUACUACGUACAUGAUGCUGCCCUGUUUAUGGUAUUCUCGUCGGCAUUUCUUAUGUAGAACAGAUACAGGAUACUGGUAGGAUUGAGCUAAAGUCUUCAACUGCUACAACUCGACUUAGAAAUAAGUUGUCCUUGUCACGCUUGAA